UGAAAGGCUCGUUUUUGAUCAGAUGUAGCGCGUACGCGAGCCUCAGUAAUUCUAAAACACAACUUUGCUUUUAUCUCAGGGUCAGAUCAAGCUCCCGCUCAAUAUACUUUUCCAUCGAUUCCCCACUGAAUUUCCUCUAAACCCGCAAUUGUAAAGCUCGAAACAAUCUCUGUCAGUGAAGAGCGAUUGAGAGUUUCGUUUUCCAGACAGUAUGAAAGGUGGAACUCUCCCGCGCGUAGCGAUUAGUCGAACAGAGCGCUUCGCCAAACUAGGUGCGCACAAGAUUUCCUGCGGGACAGACAGUAAAGAAACAAAGAGGCAAAACCGUUUCAUCGUUGUCGGUACGAGUAGCCGGAAUGAUUCUCCUUCGAAGUCAACAGUUGCAUUAAAGUCUGAGGCUGAUAUAGCUUCCGAGGAGGAGAGCUCUGAAGCUACGAAGCUGUGGAAUAUGAUGUCAGUUCCAGCGUGUGCGGAUGGCGUCAAGGCUUCGAAUGGCGAAAAGAAUUAUACUGCAAGUGCCACACAGAUUAGUGCAAUAUCUUCUGAAGAAGAUGAUACAAAUACAACCCGAGAGUCACUAGAGCACAUGGCGCGUUCUCAAUACAAAGGUUCCAAUAUGGUGAUCUCUUCUAAGGAUGCACUCUGUGAAGCGGUCAAAAAGAAACAGGUGAUCCAGCAGGAGACUGCCUCUCUAGGACCCAAAGGGUUUGAAGAUAGUGAGGAAGAGCGCAAAUUCCAAGAGUGGUAUAAAGAGCAGAAAUACCGCGAAUAUUAUUUGGAGCAAAAACGCAAGGAGCGGAAGUAUCGCGAAAAAAAAUUACUUGAACAGAAGUAUAUGGAGCGAAAACGGCUUGAGCAGAAAUAUUUGGAACGAAAGUAUAUGGAAGAACGUCGCCGACGACUCAGAAUUGAAGCCGAAUUAGGUGGGGAGUAUGCCCUUCAUAGGACAAGAGCUCGCCGAAGCUCAUCACGUGACUUUGAACGAGGAAACGACGAUGAGAGCGAGGAUAUAGUCUCUGUUAGAAAUCCAAAUCGCUUUUCUCCUUCAGUUUUGAAGGAAGACCGUCAGAGUGUUGGAUCUCCUAACAAUUUAUCAAACGAUGAGCUCCCGUCGCGGUCAUCAGAAAGCUUUUUGGAGCUCAAGCGUCAAGGUGGCAUCCGGAAAGAAGAUACCGAAAACAGAAAAAGCCGCAGGAUUUCGGGACGGCGCUUCACUCCUACUGAAGCACUUUCCGCGGACGGAACUUAUCCUCCAGCUGGAGUUUUCCCGAGUCCACCUUUUUCUUUUCCCCUCCACCCCCCUCACGCAGGACCGGAAAUUCCGCAAAUGCCUUUGCCAGGCGUGGUUAGUGGAAGUCGAUUGAUUGUCUUCAGCUCUAGUGGGCAGCUGCGCUCCGAGGUCCAAGUUGUGGACCGGAUGGGAUGCAUGGUUCGACUUCAAUAUCCAGAUGAAUACGUCACGGCGCCACUCGACAUUCGAACCCUUCGUUUUCAGCUACUUCUACCAUAG